AUGAAGCAUCUGUUCUCAAGGAUUGACGAAACCAAAGCGCUGCUUAUACGCCUCCUCGACGAACGACAAAUUCUCAAGACCGAGAUGAACCUGUUUCACGACCCAUUGAACAAGCUUCCUCCUGAGCUCGUAUCGCGUAUUUUCACUUUGUGCAUGUUCGCAGAGGAGGAACGCCAGCCAUACUAUCCCUUCUUCAGUGCGUUCCCCCACGUUACUCGCCCUCCCCUCAUUUUUGGGACCGUUCGCAAGAGAUGGCGCAACAUCGCUUGGUCGACACCUCGACUUUGGACGAGACUUAACCUCUACCUCAACCCCGACAUCGUUAAUUGGCAGACACAGAUAACGGAAGAGUGA